AUGACACUAUCCAGCAAUGACACUGCUGCAGUCUCUGAAUUCCUGCUUAUCUGCUUCCCUAACUACCAGAGUUGGCAGCACUGGCUGUCCCUGCCCCUCAGCCUCCUCUUCCUCCUGGCCAUGGGGGCCAAUGCCACCCUCCUGAUCACCAUCCUGCUGGAGGCCUCUCUGCAUGAGCCCUUGUACUACCUGCUGAGCCUCCUUUCCCUGCUGGACGUUGUGCUUUGCCUCACUGUCAUCCCCAAGGUCCUGGCCAUCUUCUGGUUUGACCUCAGGCCCAUCAGCUUUUCUGCCUGCUUCCUCCAGAUGUUCAUCAUGAAUAGUUUUCUUCCCAUGGAGUCCUGCACAUUCAUGGUCAUGGCCUAUGACCGCUAUGUGGCCAUCUGUUAUCCACUACAAUACCCAUCCAUCAUCACUGAUCAAUUUGUGGCCAAGGCUAGUGUCUUUGUUGUGGUUCGAAACGUUUUGUUGCUUUCACCUGUUCCCAUUCUCUCUGCUCAGCUUCAUUACUGUGGAAAAAAUGUCAUCGAGAAUUGCAUCUGUAGCAACAUGUCUGUGUCCAGGCUUUCCUGUGAUAAUUUCACCCUUAACAGAAUCUACCAGCUUGUGAUUGGUUGGACCUUGCUGGGAUCUGAUUUCAUCCUCAUCUUCCUCUCCUACACCUUCAUUUUACGGGCUGUGCUUAGGUUCAAGUCUGAGGGGGCUGCAAUGAAGGCCCUGAGCACAUGCGGCUCCCACUUCAUACUCAUUCUCUUCUUCAGCACCAUCCUGCUGGUGGUGGUGUUGACGAAUGUGGCCAGAAAGAGUGUCCCCAUGGAUAUCCUGAUCCUGCUCAAUGUCCUGCAUCACCUUAUUCCCCCUGCACUGAAUCCUAUUGUGUAUGGUUUUCGUACGCAAGAGUUAAAGCAGGGAUUUCAGAAGUUACUGCAGAAGGGGCUUUAA